AUGGAUGAAUGGCAAGUGGACAAGUCAGAAUUGGAAGGGAAAAAUUGGAUGAAUGACCUGUCUUCAGACUCACCUUAUGUUAAAGAGUCUUUUGCGGGUGAGCUCAGUGCAUUUGCCCCUACUCCUGUUGAGUCUACGGACUGUGAGAUAAUUAUUGAUGCCAUGGAUGCAGCCAUGUUUGACCCGCAUAAUGUUCAACAUCCCAGUUCCAUGAAAUGGCGUCCUCUUGCACAUAUCACUAAGUUCAUCUGGCUGUGGACUCGACAAAGAAGUCAGGAACCAUUUACGAUCCGAAUGUCCACAUUCUGUGGUGUUUGCAAACUUUAUCUGCAAGGUCAUUGUUACCAAGCCUUGGUUACUUUUAUGGCACACUUGGGCAGUGACCUUCGGAAAGACUUGGAGAAGUGUAUAAAAAGUGCCCAAAACAAAAUGCUGGACACUUUGGGUCCUGUGUCCCAGUUUGUUUUUAUGGCUGAUUACCUUAAUCGGCUCUUGAUCCUCACAUGA